UGCUAAUCACGUGACUUAGGUACACCAAGAGAAAAAUUCAGAUCGUGAGGUGGGAAGUCAAGCAGAUCCUCACUGUUUCAACUCGUUCGUCCCGCCGUUUGGUAGCAUUUCAGGCCUCUUCUACACCCUCCAGCCCUACUUUAGAUAGAGGAGAGAGUAUUUAGCGUAGUUCUAGUGUAAAGGUUUGUCUAGAGAGGAGAUAAUCGGAAUCGACAAAGUGGGGACGAAGUUGUCAGUGCAGUGCCCUCGGCCUGUGGGUCGGACUUGAGUGAAGGAGGAAGACCUGCGUCUGACAAACAGACCGUGACGGAAGUUUGCAGAAAUCUUUCAUCUGCUAUGAGACCGGUGGCCUGAAGUCUUGCAGCAUCGUGCAGUCCUGAGAUCUCACGGCACCAGCCAUGCGGGAGGAGGAUGUAGAGACGGCCAUCAAGGUGGUCGUCGUCGGCAACGGUGCUGUCGGCAAGUCCAGCAUGAUCCAGCGCUACUGUAAAGGCAUCUUCACUAAGGACUACAAGAAAACUAUCGGGGUGGACUUCCUAGAAAGACAAAUAGAAGUGAACAAUGAAGACAUACGGUUAAUGCUGUGGGACACAGCCGGGCAGGAAGAGUUUGAUGCUAUCACAAAAGCAUAUUACAGAGGUGCUCAGGCAUGCGUGCUUGUGUUCUCCACGACAGACCGCCAGUCCUUCGAGGCGAUAGAAUCUUGGAAGGGGAAGGUUGAAGACGAGUGUGGCGACAUUCCCACGGUCCUAGUACAGAACAAGAUUGACUUGCUAGAGGAUGCCAAAGUAGAGACGGAAGAAGCAGACACCUUAGCAAAAAAGCUAAAACUUAGGUUUUACCGGACAUCUGUCAAGGAUAAUCUUAAUGUUGACGAUGUAUUCAGGUAUCUGGCAGACAAGUACCUGGAGAGGGUCCAGGCCAUGGUGGAGGAGGAGCCACAGACCAACCAGCCUAAGAUUGGCAUGUUCAACACUGUCACAAGCAAUGCCAACUCCUCAACAAAGAAGAAGGAGGACAAUGGGACCAUCCAGUUGGCGGGACCCAACAAGCGCCGAACCCACGGCAAGAAGAACCCCCUGUCCAUGCUGGGGAAGUGCCAGUUGUUGUGAUGUCUCCUGCCCAAUCACAGGCCCAUUAUACUCAAUGCUGCAUUCUGAUUGGAUAACAAGAUAACAAGGUUUCCUAUUUUCCAGAGAGACCCUCUGUACAAAAUGUAUCCAAGAAUUGGGCUCUUCUAAAGGCUUCUCAGCAGACAAUAUUUGCAUACCGAGCUUUUGUACAUGUGCUGUUGUAAGCUUACCAGUCGCUGUGAAAGUUUUUGCUAGGACAUUUCAUUAUGCAACUAAAACAAAUGUGCAGUUGUCCCACAUUUUGUACAAUGUACUCAUUAUACAGUUUCAAAGUCGUCUUGUAAUGUCUAAUUCUUCAAUAACCUUCUUGAGAAACAGUUAUUUUGUAUUUGAAUGGAAUCAAACAUUCCACAUUAAGGAAAAGCUGGCAUUUCUGAAAAUAUAAAAUAGACUUUGAAGCUGUGUUCAAGCAGCAUUAACAGGGACCAGUUAAGUUUGUACCAUAAGGUUUAUUGUAAGAACAAAAGCUUACUUAUCUUUUUAUCAUUUCCACCCUUUCCACUAAGACAACCAAAGUUGGCAUCAUUAUUUGGAUAUGAUUCAUAGUUUAAAAUUAUCAUGUAAAAAAAAGAUUUGAUACAGAAUUUAAAAGAUUUGUCCUUUCUAUAUGAAAGUCAUUGAGUGAUCUUUCAAAUGUUUGGUCAAUUAGCGGUCGCUGUGCAUAGUGGAAAGGGGUGUAAGGAAAAUGAGUGGAGAGAAGUCAGGUACAUGUACAAGUGAACUCUUGGUGGACACAGCUACUGGAGACCAGAUGUAAAGUCACACCUAUCUUUCCACAUCUUUCUCAUAUAUUUUGGUGGCAUUUUACGGACAGAAAAGUAAACUAUUUGAGCCUUUGCAUCAAAAUACUUAAAAAAGGUCAAGAUAAACUUUUUGAUAGGUGAUCCUUAACAACUAGCCCAUGACAUCAGAAUUUGAUCAACCUAACAUUGAUAUAAAGGUGGGAAAUUCCAAAGUGGUCUUUUUUGUUUAGUACAUGUAUACGGAUGAAAACUUGAGGACCAAAUGGUGCACUUUCUUAGCCAGUUGAAUUUUGAAGCGUAUGACUUAAUUUUAUAUUGAAGAUUCCAGAUGCAGACAUUCUACUUACAGUAAUUUGUGAUUUACACAAUCCAAAACAUUGGUUGUAGAAAUAUUCUUACUGGCCAUUGUAAAGUUUUUUGUUCAUGAAUACUUUGUGUUGAAAAAUGGCAUGUAAGCCCCAACACUUUCCUUUCCGUCCAGGUUUUUACUCAAGAUUUUUUCCAAGCAGUUUGCCAAUUUCAUGGGAUUUACAAUGCAAAAGUACCAAUUUUGUUAGAUCAAGGUGGUACAAAUGAUUGCAGUUUUACAAAAUGUACAUGGAGUUUGGACUUAUUCCACUUGACAUUUUUGAGAUGGUGGAAAAGAAGUAUUUAAAAUUUCGCAUGUUCCUGUUUUGUUUACUUGUUGUUUACUGGGGACGAUUCUUGUCCAAAAUGUAAAUGUUUUGAAAAAAAGGAUGCGUCAUCCUCGACAAUGAGAUUGUAAGAGCUGACAUUUGUCUCAAAGAGGGAUACAGAUUGUAAGGGGAAGACAAGAAAUCUUCCAUCUGAUAAUGUAAACUUUAAGAUGAUAUUUUGAUAUGCUGUAUAUGUAUGUAUGUGGUGACUGAUUUGUACUAAUCAAACCUAGGUAGACAAGGCUACUAGUGUCGGAAUGUUGGACUGUAUUUGCCAGUGUCAAUCCCAUAUGGGGGUGGUAUGAGGGGAUGGCAAGUUCACAACCAAAAAAUCCAGUAUUGUCAUGGCUUAAUUGGAAAAAGAUGUGACAUAUAGAAAUAUCAUGGAAGUGGUCUUUUCUCCACUUGUACUUUUGUGUAAAAGUCUAAGGGAUAAUGAGCAAGCUCCCCCAUACCUCCACCCCCUGUAUGGACUACACUGACAGAUGCCCUCGAAGAUUAGUUGUGUUUUUAAAAGUUUAAACGUGUCAGCAUUUGUUUUUAGAAUUUCUCAUCAUUUGAUAACUAAUUCGUGGGACAACAUUGAUGUAAGUAUGACUAUUACAUUCCUAGGUGGCCAGUGGAUAAAAGUGCUACAGCAUCUGUGUAAGAUGUUACACUGUGCUGAGGUUACGUUGCGUUUGUAGGAUACCUUUGCCAGCUAAAGCAGUGAAAUGUGUUCCUGAGAGAUUGAAACUUAACUCAUCAAACUUAAAACAAAAGACAAUGUAUGUAGACCAAAGAGAUUGCUAGGAGAUGUAUUUUCAUUAAAGGUUCUACAAAGAUAAUGGUCUACAUAAGUUACAUCAUACACAAGGAAAAUCAGGUCCCAUUUUGAUUUUUGUCUGAAAAAAAUCUUACCCUUCAUGAGAAGAAAUUUUUUCCUGUCAUUCUGGUGCGCAGAAUUUCUUUUUGCCUCUCAAGUUGCAACAAUCCAAAGUGACAUUGCCAACUUUUCAAAUAAUUCAAACUGUGAAUUAGAUACUGGAUAUACAUUACUCAAGUAUGAAUUGUAUCAGAAACUUGAUAUGUUUUUAAACGAGCAGGGCAUUGGUACCGGGAAUUUUGUAGAAGUGUGGUCUCUACCAGUGCCAUGUUUAGAGUGACCUGGCAUCAGCUAUGUAGAUAGGAAUUAUCAUUGAUUUUGCUAUUUUUGCAGUGUCGUCUAUAGAUAUAUUACUCUACUGCUGCUAUAAACUGUACAUCCCUUACUAACUGUAUCUGUAUAAGGACCCCCUGUGUUUGUCUUUAAGUCCUGUCUGUCUAUGUGAAGAUGUUGAUUUUUUAAAAACCUUUGCCCUGUAUAAUGUUCCAUUAUGUAUAUACCACCGACUUUCCAUUUGAUAUAUCAAGUGAUUGAUUGGUUUCCAAUAUGUAGCUUACUUCUGGAAUUCCAUGCCAUUUUACCAGGGCUACUGUUACGUCUGUAUUAAGUGGAGGUACUCCGUAUUAUGGCAGUUUUAGGGAAGAUACAGAUUUGAGAAAUUACUGUGAGAAAAGAGGUCAUGACUUUUGAUCAAGCACAUAACAUCUGAGACUGAAACUUGUAUUCCACACAUGGCUAAUAUAAUGUGUUGAUUUGUUUGGCAUGUACCAUGAAAGAUGUACUCAUAUUUAAUGGUGGACCAACAGCUUAUCUCCUGAUUUUUUUUCUGAUGGCCCAUUUCAUGCUUCUCUGAUUUUGUACCAACACUAACAAAAUUGAUGGUUGUAUAUGUAUAUGUUAAGGUCAUUUUAUGCCAUGUAGCCAUUUGAAUGUACAUGUAUUCAACUGCCGGCCUACUUAGCCACAGAACUACAAAUUUUCAGACAGUUCAGUAAUGUAAUAAUAGCUACCUGCACACUACACCAUACAUUAUGUUUAAUGCUGUACAAAUCACCACUUUUCAAUUUGAUAUAUUACAUGACUGGUUAGUUCUCUUGAGUAACUUGUUUGAAAAUUGAGAACCACCUGAUGAAUAGGACCACCUGUUUUAAACAAAAAUAGAUUUCUUAUGUUUUGCAAUGGAGAUGCCCACAAUAUAUCUACAUGUAUGCUGAUGAA